CUCCGGGGUUCGCAUCACCUGUUCGUGCUGCUUCUCCGUCUCUUUUCCUCGCCUGUUGCGUGCCUAGUGUGUCAGGAACGAACUGGAACUGCUUGCUCUCUGCAACACUUUCAGCACCAGUGCACUCCUAUACUAUGAGCACGCAGUCCAUGCGUAAGGAAAAGACACCUGAUACUGACAGUGUUUUGUAAGUGGCUAAAUUCAAAGAAAAAUGUGACCUAGUGAUUUCCGCCUGUUUCCAAAGCUGUCAACUGUAACUAAAAGUUACAAACUCCACGCCAAUGCAAGACUGUUGGUUUUCUUCGGUUUUCUGUGGAGUUUACUCCGCUGUUCUGUAUUGUCGGAUUGGAUUUACGCUUUUACUCGCCGAGAACUGCUUGCAAAAAAGCUGAUUUGGAUUUUGAAAGCACUUAACUAACCGCUGCCAGACCUCGCCGAUACGAAAACGACAAUGGGCCAACUGGCUUUCUGAGUCGAGCAGUCUCAGCCUGCGAAGCGGUACCGUCCAGCUGAUAGGUCUUUCCGGUCAGGAGAAAGCCGUUUAUUCUGAUCUUUUUAGUAAUACUCUUCAGUUGAUGCCAUGCCCACUAACAAGAGCUUAGUACCGAAAAAGGAAGCUACAAACGGGACCUCAAGAAACGUUUUUAAUAGAUGUGCCUCGACCAACGAGUUGUAUGAUUUUACUUUCAAGGUGAUGUUGCUGGGGGACUCGGGAGUCGGGAAGACCUGCUUCCUGGUCCGGUUUAAGGACGGGGCCUUUCUCGCCGGCAGUUUCAUAGCCACCGUGGGAAUAGACUUUAGGAAUAAAGUGGUGACAGUAGAUUCCGUGAAAGUAAAGUUACAGAUCUGGGAUACAGCUGGGCAGGAGCGCUUCCGCAGUGUCACCCAUGCCUACUACAGAGAUGCCCAGGCAUUGCUGCUUCUCUAUGACAUCACCAGCAAAUCCUCCUUUGAUAACAUCAGGGCCUGGCUGACAGAGAUACAUGAGUACGCACAGCAGGAUGUGGUCAUCAUGUUGCUUGGCAACAAGUCAGACAUGAACAGCGAGAGAGUCAUCAAACGUGAGGAAGGAGAAAAGCUGGCCAGGGAGUAUGGGGUUCCCUUCAUGGAAACAAGUGCCAAAACUGGAGUGAAUGUGGAACUGGCAUUCCUAGCUGUUGCAAAGGAACUAAAGCACAGAGCAGUGCAGCAGCCAAAUGAGCCCAAGUUUCACAUCCAUGACUACAUUGAGUCACAGAAGAAGAAGACCAGUUGUUGUGGCUUCAUAUAGCAGCUUGUGAGAGGCACACAGGGACAGUGAUGUACAGUAAAUUGGCUGGUGUGAGGGGGCUGGGGGACAUCUCCAUACUCUCCAGUAAGGUAUACUGAGAGACUCUACAGAGAAAAUGCAUCGUUGGGGGUCUAAGGGCCCUUUCCUCCCCACCAGGUGUUGAGCCUAUUGCACUGUCGGUGCCAUGCAUGAGCCCUCUUGGUGUGCAAUCCUGGGAUAUGUGCCAUAUUUGUUUUUUGAAUGGGGCAGGUUAGGGAAAGAGGAGAAGAAGUGGGUGGGAGAAGGACAGUGUAAUUACUUAUGACUUUAACUUAUUUAAUUUUGAUCUGGAAAACAAUUGUGGUUUAAUCCUUAUUUUUCUUUUUAAAAACAUAAUUUUAAUUUAAGUUUAAUUUUUUUUUUACUUUCAAGCAGUCCAAGCAGAGACUGCAGCACAAAAUUUUUUGAAAAUCAAAUGUUCUAUGGUAUCUGCGACCACUCAGAUAUACAGUAAUUAUCCACUUUAUUGUUGCAGUCAGUUACUACAAGACUAAGUACUGUAAGUCAACCAGACAUGCCAUAUGUGCUGAUAGUAGACAUAUCAGCAGUAUACAAAUACAACUGUAAACUAAUUUGUCUCAGUUAAUAGAAAAAUAAACAGCAAUUAGCAGACAGAUCUACAGUUUGCCGAAGAGCCCAAAACAGCAAGAUGUCUGUACAGCAAAUGGUGAAAAAUAGAAAAUUCUACUCCCUUUAUGGUCUUGUCCUGUCCAUGGACAAAGACUAGAGAUAGCUUGUAAUUGUAGGUUUAGUUUGUUGUACUUUAAUGCUGACUCCAAGCUGUGAAAGUAUGUUUGAAAGAGGCCCGCAUCCAAGACAUUUGAAGAGAAAUACAUUACUAUAAGGCCACGAAGUUUGUCACUGCAGUUGACCAAAGCUUUAAGUAAAUAUAAAUAUUGAAGGCCCAUACGAAGUAGCUAUUGAGGUUGCUGUCUUAUGUUUGUGACCUGGCAAUGAUUUGUGAUUUAUGCUGUCUUUGUUCUGUUAAAUCCAAGGGGCAUUUGAAGAAAAUGGUACUUUCUCACAAGAUUCUCAUAGAAUUAUUUGGGUGCAGGAGUUCCGUAUCUUUGAAAUCUUUGGCUUUCAAAGACAGUUCUAAUGAUUGCCAAAAAGUACCACAAUGUUGCACAAAGUAUCUGAGCUGUACAUGAAAUAAGAUGUUCUCUGAGACAACACAUUUGUAAUUUUGCCAUGAGAAUACAGGUUAUAUUUAUAAAUACAAGAGGCCCCAUUAGUGCUUACUCUACUCAUGCUAAGUAUUGUAGAAUAAUACACAACCUAUAUGUUAGAGACUGUAUUCAUAAAGUGAUUAGACAUUUGUAACCUGGUAGAUCAUUGCACAUCUAACAGUCUUCCUGCCGUGCUUGGCCUUGUUGGUAGGAUCAACAUAAAAACAUUUAUAAGUGUUGACUUGUGCAUCUUUUUUCUGUACGCAUUUAAGAAGACUUAUUAAAUGUAUAGUGAUGUGGGAUAAAAGCACACACAGCUUACUGCAAGUUCUAUGAGAAAAUGAGUGGUAGUUAGAAUGAGCUCUUCAAAAUCGUGCUCGUGAGAAGACACAGCCCUUCAAGUACAUACGUCAGUCCUUGUUGAAAGCAGGAAGGGAAGCUUCCUCAUUGUCCAGAUCUCUACAGCGUGAUCUGUAUCUGCUUUCUAAAGGGGUUCAAACUUGUACAGGGUUGAAAUCAUUGCACAUGACUUUAAGAUUGACCCUAAAGGAAGACAAAUGUCAAAAUUAGAAAAAUAGGAUUAAAUAGCUAUGUUCUGUGCAGACACUUCAGAGAGAACAGAGUGUGUUCUGUUGUAGAAAGGAUAUUUACUGGUUUCUCUUGCAUAUCCUUUGUGGUGUUCUGCAAAACCACACUUCAAGAUCAGUGUUUGAUAUGAAAGCCCUCCUCAGCUAAUGUGGUGCAGUCAAAACGUUUUGUUCCGUAUAGGUUUUCUUUUGCAACACUAUGCGAUUUAAUCUUUGUAAUAAAUAAGGAACUGUGCCUGUUGUUCUGCCUUCUUGCAGAAAUUCAUAUUGGUUCUGUUCAGAAGAAAAUACAUAAGUCCAUUUAAAUGAUGUGCUACUUUAGAUACUGUACAGGAAAUGGGCAGAAUGUAAAGGAAAAUUAUCAUGAUUAUUAGAGGUGAGUAAACUGAAUGGAUGACUCCUAAAGCUUUUUGGUCCAAAUAAAAGUUUGGUCCACUUUUGUUGCUGCCCUAACUUCUUAAUUACUAAUAAAUUCCCAAACUUGAAGUGAAAUGUGAAGUAAAGCUUCUUAGGUUCGCCCUGGAACCUUCUCUGUUUACUCUGACAAACUGCAUAAAAACCCAGAACGCAAUGGAAUUGUCAACUCAGGAAUAAAAGGGAAAAAUCCCACGGGAUGAAUUUGCCAGUUCGCAAAUGCCUGCAUGUGAAAGAGGCAGCACCACCACUGAAGUCUUCUUAAGAGAGGAUGGAUGGAAAUUAGUUUGAUAGCAACCUCAAUCCGAAGCCCCAGUCUAUCAGCACUCGCCUUUAGAGAUGCACCCUUCUUUUGGCAAAAGUAUUGCUUUGUGUUAAACACUCAACAAACAGAACUAUGGAUGCCUUGCAAUGUGUAAUAUUACCUUGUAUUUUGCUUUCUUAUUAUUUGUAAGGAAUGUUGCCUGCUUGCUUGGUCAUUUUUCUGUGUAAUGUCUUUCAGUUCCUUUCUAUGAAGUUUUGAAUGUUAUUGGGUAUUAUAAGAAAGUGAUUUACAAUGCUAUAAACAUCUCUAUAUUUUUACUGUU